CUCUAAUGUUUAUCUCCGUCAGGAUAAUUUGCUUCUAUUGGAAAUAUUCCAUUACAUUUUUAUGGGUCAGGAGCCAGAGUUGAUUGUCCGGGGCCAUUCGAAUGGAUUGAAGGUUGAGGAAGACUCCCAAGCUUCUCUUGAUAGUCUCCAGUCUAUCAUGGAGGAAGAAAAGAAGAAAAGAGUUAUCAAUAGGCUUGGCAAUAUCAGUCGGCAUUCACAAUUCAGUGGAACAUUUGCACGGGUUACCAUGGAUGGUUCUAAAGCCGUGUUUAAGGGGAAUCCUAAUUCUUCCCGUAAUAUGCAUCUUAAAUCAAAAAAUGUCAUUCGAGGUCGAGCCAAAAAAAUUGCGUGGGAUCAUCCAAGGUUGCCUUCAACAAAGGACAAGAUCUUGGAGAUGCUGAAAGGAUUUGUAAAUCAGUUUCUUUCUGGGGGAUACAACGUUUUGAUGCGAUCGGUCCGUGAAGAUAUUGUAAAGGAACAUCCUGCAAUUCAGAAAAGUGACGUUGUUGUUUUCUUUCAAGUGGCCGACUUUAUCUCUUCAUUUCAGUUUCACAAGUAUUCAACUUCAAAGACGGAGGAAGAAAAAGACAUAUCUGGUGAUAAUGAUGCCAACGCUUCAGAUUUCAGUGGUAAAAUAUGUGGCCCAAUUGAGGCAUCGUUGAAUGAGUCAAUGUUUCAACUGGUUAUUUCACGUUGGCGGCAGGCCUAUGAAGGUCUAAAGGAAACCAAUGACUACAAGUUUCUAUCUGCAGCUGGUUCUCUUCUGAAAAACAUGAUUCGCAUGCUGGAUUUAGUACUUAAGUCGUUGCCAGAUGACUCAAAGGAGCCACAAACAGCCCGCAUUCUUCUGUAUAAAUUAUUUUAUGAUCAGACUGAAGAAGGGAUGACUCAAUUCCUCUUAAAUUUGAUCAAAACGUUUGACACACACAAACAAUGCAAAAGUGAUCUUGCAGAUUUGGUUGAAAUCAUUUGCAAAGUCGUGAAGCUAAUGGAUUAUCUUCAGUCUCGAGGAACAUUAAGGGUGUCAAAAAAAGCAAGGAAAUUGAAAAAGAAAACUUCCAAUGGACCAGAAUCAGGGAAUAAACCAACUGGAGAUCAUUCUUGUGUUAAUAAAGAAGCUGGCAUUUCUAUUGACAAUCCUUUAGGUGAAAACCAUUUGCUACAAAAGGAAUCCCUACCAAAUGUAAUCUCCACUGAUCAAGAGGGCAUCCCUGAUGAUAAUGAACAUGGAAGUCUCGAGAAAGAUGUGAACUCUCAAGUUCACUUGGAAUCAAUGGAAAACAAACAUCUUGAUGAUAAUGAAAACAAAAAUGCCAAGGGAGAUGUGAACUCCCAAGUUCCUUUGGAAUCAAUGGAAAACACACAUCUUGAUGAUAAUGAACAUGAAAUUGUCAAGGGAGAUGUGAACUCCCAAGUUCGUUUAGAAUCAAUGGAAAACACACAUCUUGAUGAUAAUGAACAUGAUAAUGUCAAGGGAGAUGUGAACUUCCAAGUUGGUUUGGAAUCUGUGAAAAAGACAAAUCUUGAUGAUAAUGAACACAAAAAUGUUGAGGAAGAUGUGAACUCCCAAGUUGGUUUAGAACCAAUAGAGAACACAAAUCUUGAACAUCUUAAUGAGGAUAUGUUGGAUGACACUGGUGAUUUUUCUGAAGAAGAGCAAUUAAAUACAACUAGUGAAGUUGAUUUCAAUGUUUCAACGCUUGUUUCCGCUUUUGCAAAUCACAGCAUCAUUCAGAAAUUAUGUUGGUUGCUCAAGUUUUAUAAAAGCAAUUCCCUUGCUAUAAAUCAUUACAUAAUAAGCAUGUUGCGGAGAAUUAGUGAUGAGCUUGAACUCCAUCCCAUGCUCUACCAGUUGUCGCUGCUCACAACUUUCUAUGAUAUUCUUGCUGAACAAAAGUCAUGCCCCUGCAAGGAAUAUGCAAGUAUUGUUGAUUUCCUGAACAGUUUGGUCAGAAAGAUGCUAAAGAAAAUGAAAAAGCAGCCCCUCCUAUUUGUUGAAAUUCUUUUCUGGAAGACCCGAAGGGAAUGCCAUUACAUCAAUGUAGAGUAUAUGUUGGAUGAACUUGGCCAUUUGAGAAAAGGAACUAAAAAUUGGAACAAUACUCAAGGAGAUGGAGAAAUUGGUUCCUCCCCUGUGAAGACGCAGACUCGUAGAAGUAUUGCUGAUGCACUUGGUGAUGAUGAAGCGGAUGUUGUGAUAUCUCAUGAAUCAAGAUAUCAAAACAAUGGGGAAAAACUUGAUGAUGUUGAAGGCUUUGCUUCUACAUCAGGCCGUAAGAAUGGCAGAGAUGCUAACAAUGGGGAGCCAUGGUUGGAAGAUGAAUCUCAAACAGCUCCGAGAAGAAAGAAAAAACUUGUUCUAGAUGCUGAAUUGGAGAUGCAAAUUAAGAAUCUCUAUGAGAAAUUCAAAGAUGACCGAAAUUGUAGUCGACUUAUUGCUGAAGAACUAGAUCCAGAUGGUAAAAUUUCUCCAGCUCAAAUAUCCAACAAAUUGAAAAAACUAGGGCUAACAAUUGCUUCGAGGAAAAAGAAGGGUGAUGCUAAUGAGACUUUCUCAACAAGCCCUAAUCAAUUAGAAGGUGGCGGAGUAGCUGAAGCUGUGAAUUUAGAGGGAAGCCUGUUGGUUCAGCAUCGGCAGAAAAGAAAAAGAGUCAGUGCUUUCAGUGAAGAUCAGGAAGCCCGUAUCAAAGUUCUAUAUGAGCAAUUCAAGGACCAUAGAAGAUGUAGCUAUAUGAUAGCCAAUGCACUGGACGUGGAUGGUAAAUUCACACCUGCCCAAGUCUCUCGAAAACUUAAGCAACUUGGCUUAUAUGUUCCGCAAAAGAGGUCUAGAGGAAAUAUCCACCCAAAGGGGGAGGAUCUUAUGGAUUAUUCUAAGGAUGGAAUGGAUGAAUCUGACGAUGAGCCAUUGGUAUCAUUGAUAGAAAGGAAAAAAGUGAAGAAUGGAACAAAAUCAAGCAAACCAUUACAUGAACAGACCAAUGAGGAUAAGCUGUCAAAAGAUGAUUCUGAUGAUGAAAUACUUGGCUCCAUCCUCAAGAAAAAAGGGAAGAAAAGAAAAGAAUCAAGCAAACAGGUACAUGAACAGACCGGUGAGGAUAAAUUGUCAAAAGAUGAUUCUGAUGAUGAAAUACUCGGCUCUAUCCUCAAGAAAAAGAAGAAUAGAUCUGUAUCUGGUGAACAUUCACAUAAAAAUACCAAUGAUGGUGGAUUGUCUAGAUACGAUUCCGAAGAUGAAAUUCUUCAAUCUGCACUGAAGAAAAAGAAGAAUAGUUCUGUAUCUGGUGAACAUUCACAUAAAAACACCAAUGAGGGUGAAUUGUCUAGAUACGAUUCCGAAGAUGAAAUUCUUCAAUCUGUGCUGAAGAAAAAAAAGAAUAGAUCUGUAUCUGGUGAACUAUUACAAGAAAACACCAAUGAGGGUGAAUUGCCUAGAUACAAUUCCGAAGAUGAGAUUCUUCAAUCUGCACUGAAGAAAAAAAAGAAUAGAUUUGUAUCUGGUGAACUAUUACAAGAAAACACCAAUGAGGGUGAAUUGCCUAGAUACAAUUCCGAAGAUGAGAUUCUUCAAUCUGCACUGAAGAAAAAAAAGAAUAGAUCUAUAUCUGGUAAACAUUUACAUGAAAACACCAAUGAUGGUGAAUUGUCUAGAUACGAUUCUGAAGAUGAAAUUCUUCAAUCUGCACUGAAUGAAAAUCAAGUAGGUUUUAAGAAUUCCCAAGUAGAAAAUAAGCAAGUGGAUCCUGACUUGGAAGAUUCAGAGGAUGAUGUGGCUGUUAAUGUACUUCCUGACAAUGCUGUAUCAAGAAGAAAGCUGAGAAUGGUGAUGGAUCUUGAGGACGAUGACUGA